UUAGCCCAUCCUUUUUUGCUUUUUUUUUUUUCUACACGCCAAUUUCUCCUCCCUCUGUCGCCGCCAUCGCUCACGCCGACCCUUUCUUCUCCCUCCCUAAUUUGUUCCCGCCGCCAUCGCUCACGCCGACCCUUUCUUCUCCCUCCCUAAUUUGUUCCCACCGCCAUCGCUCCCUAACCUGCUAUCGCCGUCGCUGCUCUUCUCACCCAGCCUCAUCCAUCCCUGUUGCUGCUCCUCUUGCCAUCGCCGCUCCUCUCAUGCUCACACAUCUUUGUCGCUGUUCUGCUCGUCGCCGCCGCUGCCAGCCGCCGGCCUCCAUUGUGCAUCUCCACCACGAUUCCUCCGUAACACUGCCUAGGCCGCAAUGGUUUCUGUUCUCCCCGGAGGCAAUGGAAGCGCUGCUGAGGCCGUUGCAGUUUCGGUGCUUGGUCCAGAACUCCGAUUGGGGAUGUCGCAGGGAGGAUUUGACAGUGGCGCAUCUGUUCGAGGGGAACUCUGGCACCCAGAUCAAUCUGUCUCGUCCUUACACAGAGUUUUGGAUGGGCACGCACUGCAAGGUGACAGGUACUUGGAUUUUGCAUAUGAUGGUUGAAGAUGGUUGAUAGUAAAUUAGUUGAGUUUUUAUUUUAUAAGACUUUGUUAGUUUUAAAACUCAAUGAUUUGUUAGUAUUUAGUUAGCAUUGGAUUCAAUACUUUUACAUUAGUAUUGCAUUUGUACUUUUGUGAUGAUGCGAUGAAUUGUGAUGAUAUGGUGAAUGAAUUGGAUAUUUUGGAUGUAAAACGUUUCUAUUCUUAUUACGGUGAAUUGUGAUAUGGUUAAAUUGUGAUAA